AUGUGCUUCCGGUGCCGAUAUCGCCAAUCAACGUGGAAUGAUUACAAGGUGUGCUUCUUCUUCCGGCUCUGGUUCAAGACGGCAUCAGUCGAGCCGCUGCAAGUGAUCAGGAAGGAGUUAGAGGAGUACGCCAAUGAUGACGGCGGGGUGAUGGGGGUCCACAAGCUGCCUGAGUUCCUGGCAAAGGUUUACAAAGAUAGGACUGCUCCAAUAGCUCACUACAUCUUCACAGGCCACAACUCCUAUAUAACCGGCAACCAACUCUGUAGCAUUUGCAGUGAUGAACCGAUCAUACAGCCAUUGCAAAAUGGAGUCAGAGUCAUUUAG